CCUCCGCGGUCGACCGGAAAUAUAAUUUUGGAGAAUUCCUGGUGGAUUGUGACCGCUGCACCGGAAGCGGAAACGAGCAGCAGUGGGAGUCAGUAUAGAACUUUCGGCGGAGAGCGAUGGGCGCCCGGGACGAUGAGUAUGAUUAUCUCUUCAAGGUGGUGCUGAUUGGCGAUUCAGGUGUUGGAAAAAGUAAUCUCCUAUCACGCUUCACACGCAAUGAGUUCAACCUGGAAAGUAAGAGCACAAUUGGAGUGGAAUUUGCAACAAGAAGUAUCCAGGUAGAUGGGAAGACAAUUAAGGCACAAAUCUGGGACACAGCCGGGCAGGAGCGAUACCGAGCCAUCACCUCUGCAUAUUAUCGAGGGGCAGUUGGUGCUCUGUUGGUUUACGAUAUUGCCAAACACCUUACCUAUGAGAAUGUGGAAAGAUGGUUGAAGGAGCUGAGAGAUCAUGCGGACAAUAACAUCGUCAUCAUGCUUGUAGGGAACAAGAGCGAUCUCCGUCAUCUCCGAGCUGUGCCUACAGAUGAGGCUAAAGCCUUUGCAGAAAAAAAUGGUUUAUCCUUUAUUGAAACCUCCGCUUUAGACUCUACAAAUGUAGAGACUGCAUUCCAGACUAUUCUCACAGAAAUUCAUCGUAUUGUGUCACAGAAGCAAAUGUCAGACAGACGUGAAAACGACAUGUCACCAAGUAACAAUGUGGUCCCUAUUCACAUGCCUCCAACUACUGAGAAUAAACCAAAGAUGCAAUGUUGUCAAAACAUCUGAGAUAAGCAAAUUGCUGUCCAUUCCCUGAGCCUCCAUCCACUUUGUACCUGUGUAAUACUUAUGAUUUUUCAUUGUCAUUCAAUUUGCUGAUUUAAAUGUAACAAUUAUCAUAAACAUGUAACUGUCUUUAUAAAUUCCAACAUGUUAAAGUAAUGUCAGCUGUGGUGCAUUUUUAUAUAAUUUGCAGGUAGUGUAAAAUGGUUUUAAAGCCAUUUUGUAAAUGAAGUUAUCAUGUAAAAGGACAGAAGGGAUACAACACAAGCUUUUUGUGGUUGGUGCUUUGAGAUGGAAAUGCUUAUUUGAAUCAGGAAUGCUCAUGAAGUGUGAACAACACAGAUGGCAUUUCUUAAUUCAACCCAUCACUAAUUUGCCUCACUAUUUUCCUGGUAACAUUUUUGUAAAUUGUAUUUUAUGCUUGUACUAUAAUCUCAUUUUUAUGUUAUAAUGGUUUAAAAUAUAUUGUGUACUUGAAUCUUCAUUAAAAUGAAAUGGAAGGGAA